AAGAAAGUGUACCGUGUAACUCGUGCGUUCCUUUAACUCGUUUUCUUUCGUCGGUGUGAUGUCCGUCUGUCGCUCCGCUUUUGUGCUCCUGUGCGCGCUGCUGGCGGUGACUGGUGCCCGCAGGAGUUCACCGGAGCAGGAGGACGUUCAGGAGAAGAUCGGCAGCGCAAGAUGCACGUCCAGGUGCCUCACUCUGCACAUGACUCAGCUGACUGCUGCCUUCAGGCACCUCCAGAGUGACCAAGUUCUGGUUUGGUGUGAAAACCACAGACGCUGCGCGCAGUGCCUUCAGCCAUGCAAAGAACUGUGGGAAACCAGGAAGGUGCUUUCUCCAAAGUCCUGUGAGAAGCAGACAGAGUGUGUGACGAGCAGGGACUUUCUGACCUCCCUGAGGUUGUCUCGUCAGGGGGACUGCCCUGCGCCUCAGCGAGCCACUGGAUUCGCUGCAGCCUGCGUGGAGAGCUGCUCAUCGGACCAGCAUUGUCCUUCCCCCAGGAAAUGCUGCUCUAAUGGCUGUGGACACACUUGCCAAGCCCCAGCCAAUCUAUAUAAAGGUGUUCCUCUGAAGCCUCGCAGAGAGAUGAGCUUCGUGGAGGAUUCAGAGGGUCGCGUGAAGGUAGUGUGGGUGUCAAAGUUCAACGUCAGUGUGGAGCCGGUCGUUUACAUGCUCCAGUCUCGCUGGAACAUCGGGAUUCAUCCCAGUGAAGACCAUGCCUCUCCAUGGACUACUGUUGCAAUGACGCUUUCUGAAGAUGUGGUUCUGUCAGAUUUGAGACCUCAACGCUGGUACCAGUUCAGAGUAGCAGCCAUCAACAGCCACGGCAGCAGAGGUUUCACCACACCCAGCAAACACUACAUCUCCAGUAAAGACCCUUCAUCUCCAGAACCUCCAAUAAAUGUCAGAGUUAGCAACCAAACUAUAGACUGGACGGCUUCACAACCAGGCACCCACACAGAAAGGUCGGGGGAAAGUGGGAUCACGGUGGCUUUGUUAUUAAGCUGGGAGCCCCCCAGAGAGGGAGACUUGCCAGUCCACAACUACAGAGUCACCUGGAUGUCUCGACACGCACACACAGCAAACAAACAUGCACACACGCUGCAUACACACAUGCACACAGUGCGCAAUAAAGUGCACACACAACCUACACACUCACGCAUACCAGAACAGGGUAAAAAGGAAAGCAACAGCAGAGUGACUCAAGGGGCACAGUGUGAGCUGUGGCUGCAGGGUUUGCUGCCUGCUUCUUCCUACUUCCUGUCUGUCCAGACGGUGGCCUACUGGGGUCAGAAGAGGCUGAAAAGUCCCAGAGCCCAAAUUGUCUUCACUACCAUAACUCAUACAGGUGAAGACUUCUCCAACGAGCUCCCGUCUUCCUCAUCUUCAUCAUCUCUUUCCUCCUCUCCCUCCCUCUCAUCCUCCUCCCCUUCUUCCUCUGACCUCCCCCUCUCUUCUUCUCUGCCUCACCCUGAAUCCCCUCUUGACCCUGUCACCCCUGGCAACCUGCGCCUGGAGGUCGCUGCCCCUCAUUACCAUGACAACCAGCUGCAGGUCAAGGUGUUCUGGAAAUGGCCUCACCAGGGCAAGCAGAGACAUCCUGGUCCAUACAUUUUGCGUUGGCGUCCACAUACCUGCAGUCCUAAUGUUACAGGAACAGAGAGAACAGCAACUGUGCAGGGCACCCAUCACACCAUCACAGGCCUGCUGUUUGCCUGUAAGUACCGGGUUGCCGUGGUGAUGAAGGCUGACCAGGGGUCAGAGGCUGUUGCCUGGGUUACGACCCCAACUUGUUCCUCCAUUAGGGUCAGAGGAGGCAAAGCUUUGACCUGCAACAAUGAGGAGCGCCUCCUGGCAGGCAGAAAGGUGGUACUGCGUCCAGAACGACUGACUGCAGACUUUCAACAAGUCAAUGGCACACUGCUCAUGACGCUUCGCUGGAGGAUAUCCCAUCAUGCACUGGACCCGGCAGCUGUGGAGGGGUUCCAGUUCACUUGGACACUGCGAUCAGGAGUUACCUUGGCAACAGAAGGGCAUGAUGACACACUUAUAUCCCAGACACAGACAAUCGCACCGUCUCAGCGGUUGGUGUCAGUUCAUGGUCUUCAGGCUAACAGUGUUUACCAGCUGCAGCUCCAGGUGCUAACAGCAGAGGGCAGCAACGGCGCCUCAGUCUAUAAGACCAUACAUACUCCAGCUAUCAAUACCUCACUUUGAUAGGCCCAAACCCCACAGCUGUCACCGUCUGCUGCACCAAGCUCAUCUUCACCAACAUCAACUUCUCAAACCAAAUGUUGUACAAAUUGUAAAAAAUAACUUUACCCGUACAUGAUGCCCAGUGUAUCCUUAAACCAUAUUUUUCUAUUUUUUAUUAAAGCUGCAGCAUUUUCAAAAUGAUUCUUCUUGGCAUCAUUGCCAGAGCAAAUGUAUUUGCAAAGCGAGAAACCUUGCAUGACUGCAUCUGUAUUUUUGGUGAUUAAAUGGGACUAAUCAGGUCAUGUCUAAUCAUCUGCCAUCACUGGAACCAAAUGACACUUGUAAAGAGACUUAUAAUGCCUUUUGUUUUUGAUCAUGCAAGCAGAGAAUGAUAUAGCACUGACCAUAUGUACAAAUAUAAAUGUAUAGCAACAGACUGACUGUGUUCAUUUCAAUGCAUAAUCUGCUGCAUUAUUUUUUGGAGCCAGUGGGUCUGAGUUGCAGAAGCCUUGAAAUAAGCUCAAAUAUAUUUUAAUAUUUUGUUCAUAUGUUUAAAAAAGCAAAUUUUUCACUCAAAUCUCUUGUUUGAUACAUUUUGGGCCUUUUGCAACAUUACUUUGCAUCAUGAUAUACCCAUUUCACUAUAAUAUGACAUUUAAAAAUAGUUAAUAUAGAUAAUACUGUGGUAGAUAUGUCUUUGUUUUUGCUACCAGCAAGUCGUGGCAUUACUUUGAAAAGGCUGGAAUCUACUAGUGUCAAGCAACCAGUAAUUAACAUGUUAAUAUUCUCUAUAUGUAACCAUUUAUGACAUUUAACUGUUGAUAAUUUGUACUUAAUUCCUUUACUUUUCGAUCAUUAGUUUUAUUUAUU